ACUGAAAAUAGUCUAGAACAUUACAGUGCGUUCGCGUGUUUUCCAAUGUGUAGUGAUGUCACUACACGCCGCCCCUGCCGUGUGGCUUUGACUAUAGUGCAAUGAUGACAGGGUGCUAUGUGUUGUGGUUGUUCGAAAGAUCACGAACAAUUCAGGGGGGAGAAAUCUAAGAGCAAAGCUCACAUUUUAUUAGGAUCGCACCCACGUAACGUUACAGUCUGGCCAGGGCUAGCAGCAGUUAGCAACAGGACAGCACUGAACGUGCCUGGACACAGUGGACAGUGGCUACCUUGAGCUGGAAUCAGAUCCAGGUGGUGGUGGUGGGGGCUUGGGGCGAUGCUGUGCUGGGGGAACGCCUCCUAUGGCCAGCUGGGCCUGGGCGGUAUUGAGGAGGAGAUAGUGGUGGAGCCACGCAGCUGCGACUUCUUCUCGGGGAAGCGGUUGUCUGGUGUGGGCUGUGGCCACAGACACACGGCCUUCCUGCUGGAUGACGGCACGGUGUACACCUGUGGCUGCAAUGACCUCGGCCAACUGGGCCACGAGAAGCCCCGCAAGAAACCAGAACAGGUUGUGGCCCUAGAUGCUCAGAUCAUCGUGGCGCUGUCAUGCGGUGAGGCCCACACUCUCGCUCUCAAUGACAAGGGACAGGUCUUUGCCUGGGGACUGGCGUCAGACGGCCAACUGGGCUUUGUCAACUCUGAAGAAUCUAUCCGCGUACCAAGAAACAUCAAGAGUUUAUCAGAUGUCUGCAUUACGCAGGUAGCCUGUGGAUACCGGCAUUCUCUUGCCCUUGCCAAAGGAGGCCAGGUCUUCUCCUGGGGCCAGAACAAGUACGGGCAACUGGGCCUGGGUAUGGUGGGGCCGUCUGUCUCAUCCCCCCAGGUCAUCCAGUCCCUGCUGGGUGUCCCCUUCACCCACAUUGACGCUGGAGGGGCGCACAGCUUUGCCCUCUCGUUCUCUGGGGCAGUAUUUGGUUGGGGCCGCAACAAGUUUGGCCAACUAGGACUGAAUGACACUAAUGACCGGUAUUUUCCGGCUCUGUUAAAGACACUGCGGUCCCAGAGAGUGGUGUACAUCUGCUGUGGAGAGGACCACACUGCCGCACUUACAAAGGAGGGAGGGGUGUUCACCUUUGGAGCAGGAGGAUAUGGGCAGCUAGGCCACAACAGCACCAGCCAUGAGAUCAAUCCCCGCAAGGUGUUCGAGCUCAUGGGAAAUGUAGUCACACAAAUCGCUUGUGGCAGACAGCACACAUUGGCCUUCAUCUCCACCUCAGGGAAGAUCAACUCCUUUGGGCUGGGGGGCAACGGGCAGCUAGGGACGCGCUCCACUUGUAACAGGAAGAGCCCUGCGCUGGUCAAGGGCCCCUGGAAGGCCCUCAACGGCCCCGACCCAGACGACAUGCACUCCGGCCCUGAGCAUGGACACUAUGUGAAGCGGAUCUUUGCCGGAGGGGACCAGAGUUUUUCCCACUUUAGUACAGACCAGGUGCGUCCCUGGUGGAGAGUGCAUGACAAUCAGAACGACCUUGCCCCAGACGAUUUCCGAGUGCCUGAUCCUCGAGGUCACAUUCACGUGCUGAAUGCCAACCUCAUCCAGAAGUGGCUGAGCCAUGCGCAUGGACGACUGCCACCUGAAAUCUCGAAUGAGAUUGAUGUUGUGUUCUCCUCAGCGAGUUGCCUCAAUGGGAGCUUCUUGUCAAAAAGCCACCCAGACCACUACAACACCAGUAGUAAGUGCUCAGGGGUGGAUAUGAACACUGCUCGCGUACUUUUGCACAGAGUGAUCCAACCAGACUAUCCACAGAUCUCACAGCUGGUAUGCAGGAGUCUGGAGAAGAUCCUGGCCCCUAGACUCAUCUCCGCUCCCCCGGACAUCGAGGCCCUGAGGCUCUAUGUCACGCUGCCCGAGUGCCCUCUACUCCACAACCCCAGCAACUACGCAUCACUGACCAUCCCCCUGGCCAGUGCCACCGUGAGCCUGAAGGAGGCCGCCCACACAGUUCUCUGUAACUGGUGGUGUCAGCUGGAGCCACCCAUGUUCCAGCGCAGGGUGGAGCUGUAUAAGGAGGUGGUGCUGUACCUGCUGGGCAUGCAGAAGGCGGGGCGGCCCCCGGCUGAGCUGAAGGUGCUCACCUGCUUCCUGCACCAUUCGCUCAAGCUCCUUGGCCUCCUGCACGCCGUUAACGAGACAGCCGGACAAAUCAUCCAGUAUGACAAGUUCUACAUCCACGAACUGGAUGAGCUCAUCGACAUCCGGAAUGACUACAUCAACUGGAUCCAGCAGCAGGUGUACUCCUCUCAUGGAGACAGCUUCCCCGUGACGAUGUGCAAAUACCCGUUUGUGUUCGACGCUCAGGCCAAGACCACUCUCUUACAGACAGACGCUGUCAUCCAAAUGCAGAUAGCCGUAGACCAGGCGCAGCGGCAGAACUUUAGCUCCCUCUUCCUCCCUGUAGUGGAGUCGGUGAACCCCUGCCUCAUUCUCAUCGUGCGCCGUGAGAACAUCGUGGGCGACGCCAUGGAGGUGCUGAGGAAGUCCAAAAACGUUGACUACAAGAAGCCCCUCAAGGUGAUCUUUGUAGGGGAGGAGGCGGUGGAUGCUGGAGGUGUGAGGAAGGAGUUUUUCCUCCUCAUCAUGAGGGAGCUGCUGGACCCCAGAUACGGAAUGUUCCGCUACCACGAGGAAUCCCGCCUUAUCUGGUUCGCCAACAAGACGUUUGAAGACAUCGACCUGUUCCACCUGAUCGGGGCCAUCUGUGGGCUGGCUAUUUAUAACCUGACCAUAGUAGAGCUCAACUUCCCCUUGGUGCUCUACAAGAAGCUGCUCCAGAGGCUCCCCACCCUGGACGACUUGAAAGAGAUGAUGCCCGAUGUGGCGAGGAGUCUGCAGCAGCUGCUCGACUACACUGAGGAUGACAUUGAGGACACCUUCUGUCUCAACUUCACAGUCACAGAGGACAACUAUGGAGCAACAGAGGUGUUGGAGUUAAUCCCUAAUGGAGCCGAUAUAAAUGUGAAUAAGUCCAACAGACAGGAGUUUGUGAACGCGUAUGUGGACUACAUCUUCAAUAAGUCUGUGGCGCCGUUGUUUGAAGCUUUCGCUGCUGGGUUCCACAAAGUCUGUGGUGGCAAGGUGCUGCUUCUGUUCCAGCCCAGCGAGCUUCAGGCUAUGGUCAUCGGGAACACUAACUAUGACUGGAAAGAGCUAGAGAAGAACACAGAGUAUAGAGGGGAGUAUUGGGCUGAUAAUCCCACCAUCAAGGCCUUCUGGGAAGUUUUUCAUGAGCUCUCUUUGGAGAAGAAGAAGCUAUUUCUUUUGUUCCUCACAGGAAGUGACCGUAUCCCCAUCCUGGGCAUGAGGAGCUUGAAGCUGGUGAUCCAGCCCACAGGCGGAGGCGAGCAGUACCUGCCCGUGGCCCACACCUGCUUCAAUCUGCUGGACCUGCCCAAGUACACAAGCGCAGAGACGCUGCGCAGCAAACUGCUGGAGGCCAUUGAGCACAACCAGGGCUUCAACCUGGCCUGACAGGCCUGCGUGGGAGCCCUCGCUCCCAGCCUCAGAACACAGAGCUCAAGCCCAGGAUGGAGCUCUCUCCUCCCUUUUACCUCAUGCAGUUUUGAGCCUAAUCGGAGGGAUGGAAUGGAGAAAUACGAAAUCUGGAGGAAAUCCGCAGAAACAAACACUCUGGUUUGUUUUGUUUAUUAAGGAGAGAUCAAUUUGUUUGAUUCAGUAAGUCUGGAACACUACGUCAAGACUACAGCACUGUUCCAUGGACACAUGUAAGAGAACAUAGCCUUACCACACGGCUUCAUAUGAAAGGAAUAUGGACCCGCAUCAAAGUUCCGUUACAAUAUUCAGUAUAAUAGGUUCUUCUUUUUAAUAAUAUUGAUUGAUUUUAGUUAAUAACUAGCAUUUGGGGGGUUGGCACUGAUGAAUAGAUUGAAGGCACACUGAUUGCCAUCUUUUCAAACUGAUGGUAUUUUUUUGUUGUCGUUUUGCAUUAUGAAGCCAAAGCAUCCGCAAAAGUAGCUAAGCAUCCUUCGUCUUCUUCUUAAGCCGUUCAUUUUGGUCUCAUUUCAUCAGCCCAACACCAGUCAUCUCAUUUUGGAGGUACUUGAGAAAGCCUGCCUGUUCCAGUCUUAACUCACAACCAACAUGUCGACCAAGAAGAACAAGAGGAUGUCUCCAGAAUGUCGUGGUGUUGGAAUCUUAGUCAAUUAACCCGAUUAAAUAUGUCAUGACCUCUGGUGAAAUCGUUCUGUGCAUGAUGCACAUGCUGGCUUCGCUUUUACGAAUCCUGUGUUUUUACUUUGAAAGAGAGAAUCGCAUUACUGCUGAAUGAGUGUAACCCACUGUUGGAGCCACAUGUCGGUGAGAAGAUAUGUGUGAUUCUAGAUGCUGGGUUUUUACACUUGGCUGUGAGCUAGGUACUAGGUACUUGUACUAGGUACAAAUCAACACCUUUGCAGCCAUGAGGAGUGUGUUGAUUUUGCAGGUUGUUGGAGUGGUAUACGAUGCAAAAUGCUGAAAGCGAUCAUUUUAGCCUCAUGGGAAAUAAAGUUUGCUGGCCUUCUCCAUAAACAGCUAUUCCAUAUUUUA